AUGUUCAAGGGUGACAAGCAUUUUUCUUUUGCGGCAACUGAGUCAAGCCACAGUCAACUCGUUCUUCUCUGAGUUUUCUCGGGUCUGUUCACAAUUCCUACCAUUUCAGGUGGAAUUGAAUUAAGCAAGAGAUGAGUGAGGUGUUUGAAGGAUACGAGAGACAGUACUGUGAGCUGUCCGUUAAUUUGUCUAAGAAAUGCAGCUCUGCUGCUCUUCUCCCCAUCGGAGAGCCUAGGAAGCAGCAGGUUACCGAGCUCACGGUGGGAUUGGAUGAAGCGGAUGUGCUGAUUCGGAAAAUGGACCUUGAGGCGAGGAGUUUGCAACCGAGUUUAAAAGCUGUGCUUCUUGCCAAGCUAAGGGAGUAUAAAUCGGACCUUAAUAUGUUGAAAAGGGAAGUGAAAAAACUAACGUCUAGUAGCUCUAAUCAAGCUGCUCAUGAUGCAUUACUGGAGGGUGAAAUGGCAGAUGCACAUGCGGCUUCAAAUCAAAGGGGGCGAUUGGCAAUGUCAACCGAGAGGCUGAAUGAUUCCAGCGAGAGAAUCAAGGAGAGCCGGAGGGUUGCUUUAGAGACAGAGGACCUUGGCAUCUCAAUUCUUGAAGACCUCCACCAGCAGCGCCAAACGCUAUUACAUUCCCAUAACAAGCUUCAUGGUGUGGAUGACGCCAUUGACAAGAGCAAGAAGGUCUUGACCUCCAUGUCCAGACGCAUCAGCCGUAACAAGAUGAUUGUCGGUGGCAUAAUUGCUGCUCUUGUCCUAGCUAUCAUCAUUGUCCUGUAUUUUAAGCUUUCCCAUUAAUGAACUCCAUGAUCUUCACUGCUAUAUUUGGUUGUACAUAUUUUCAUCGUUUACAAACACUUCGGGCUUUUUGCUCUGAUAUUGUACUUGUAUCUGCUUGCUGAAUGAAUGCUGGUGUGUAUUCUGAGUUGACUGUUGUAUUUGCUUCAUAAAAAUUGCAAUAAAAUGCUAUUGUUUCUGCUGAGAAA